ACUAUUUAAUAUGACCAGAUCAAGCAACCAGACAUGAAGGGAUUAUCCAUUCAGAUCAAGUGAGAUUAUUCCAAAUGGGCUCCACCAAUGCGUCGCCAAUUCAAUAUGAUGAAGUUAGAAUUGCAAAUAUGAUGGAAUUAGGCAGGCAGAAGGAUCAAGAACUGCCCUUGUUUAGUUUCUCCACCAUACAGACUGCAACAAAUGACUUUGCCAAGGCUACCAAACUUGGUGAAGGUGGAUUUGGGCCUGUCUAUAAGGGUUUGCUACCAGAAGGGCAGGAAAUCGCAGUGAAAAGGUUGUCCGAAAUUUCGAGGCAAGGGUUGGAGGAGUUCAAAAACGAAGUCUCAGUAAUUUGUAAACUGCAACACAGGAAUUUGGUUAGGCUUUUGGGAUGCUGCAUUGAAGGAGAAGAAAGCAUACUGAUUUAUGAGUACAUGCCAAACAAAAGCCUGGAUUCUUUCAUUUUUGAUUCAACCAAACGGUCAAUUUUGGAUUGGAGAAGGCGCAUGCACAUCAUCGAAGGGAUUGCUCAAGGCCUUCUAUAUCUUCACAAAUAUUCAAGAUUAAGGAUCAUUCACCGCGACUUAAAAACGAGCAAUAUUCUGUUGGAUAGUGACAUGAACCCAAAGAUAUCUGAUUUUGGCAUGGCAAGAAUCUUCACGGACAAUGACACUAAAGGAAAAACAAGCCGGGUUGUUGGUACAUUUGGUUAUAUGUCUCCGGAGUAUGCCAUGGGCGGCCUCUUUUCUGAAAAAUCAGAUGUGUUUAGCUUUGGGGUAAUCUUAUUAGAGAUCAUAAGUGGCAAGAAGAACGUUGCCUUAUUUGAGGUUGAUAAUCAGCUAAACUUACUCGGCAAUGCCUGGAAUCUGUGGAAAGAAGGCAAGAGCAUGGAAUUGGUAGAUUCAACAUUGACUGCUUCUUGUUCAAGCCGUGAAGUUACCAGAUGCCUUCAGAUGGGACUUCUGUGUGUGCAAGAAAGAGCUACGGAUCGACCAACCAUGGCGGAUGUUGUUUCGAUGCUAAGCAAUGAAACAAUAGCCAUGGCGCUUCCCAAAGAACCUGCAUCAUGGAGUCAGCUAAGUUCCAGUGAUGCAGAUUCGUCGUCGAGUAGGCAAAGACACCACUCUACAUUUGAUAUGACGAUUUCAGGAGUGCACGGAAGGUAGCGAGGCAAUGUUUUUUCAGAAAAAAAAAUUGUUCACUUACAAUUAUACUGCUGUUUGGUGUAGUCUGUAGAGUUUGUUCCACUUGUAUCAAAGUUGUAAUAUAUAGCAAAUAUUUCUAUUUAAUAGUUGGUUAAUACAGAAAUCUAAUUCAG